GAUCGUGUGAACAGACAGCCGAGGGAUCAGUCGACGAUAUUUAUUGAAGUUGACUGGAAGUCAGUUAUGCACACCAUAUAACCCACAUCGUUUAAAGCCUGGAUAUCAAAAUUACAAUAGCCGAUCGCAUGCUUUGCUAAAUUUUCGUCUCAGUCCGUGGAAAUCCUGUUGAUGGGACAUAAUCUACCGAGAUUGUCAAGUCAACCCGAGUAGGGUCUGUUGUUUCGCCGACAUCUUGUUUCACAUUAUUGGAAACGUUGUUAAUGCCGUCGACAACUUUCACUUGAAUUUAACCGAUGAUAAAAAAGGUCCUGGUGCCUGGUGAUAAACAAUAAAGGCCUAGCUCCGAGAUAAGGAAAGCUUAUGUCAACUUUGUCAAGUGGACAAACCUUCCCCGUCCAACAGGAACAAAAUCUUGGAUAUGAGUUUGAGCAACCAUCGCUUUUGCCAAUCACAACUGGACUGAGGAUUCAUUCGUUUAAAAAAGAUUAAAAUCAAAGUUUAUAAGCGACCGACAAAAGGCCCUUCAUAGGACUUCAAAAUGCAACGGGAUCGUGACAGAGAUAGGGGACGCGGAAACGAUUACCCUGGCGGUCCAAGAAAAGGUACUGGGAGCUCAGGGGGUCGGGCUGGAGCCCCUCACCACGGUAGAUCGAGUUCUUCUGGUUCUGGAGUUCUAAUGGUUGGACCCAACUUUAGGGUUGGCAAGAAAAUUGGCUGUGGAAAUUUUGGGGAGUUGAGAUUAGGGAAGAACCUUUACACAAAUGAACUGGUUGCCAUUAAACUAGAACCACUCAAAUCCAGAGCUCCGCAGCUCCAUCUAGAGUAUCGAUUUUACAAAGCACUUGGUCAAUCAGAGGGAAUCCCACAAGUAUAUUACUUUGGACCUUGUGGCAAGUACAAUGCAAUGGUGAUGGAACUCUUAGGACCAAGUCUGGAGGACUUAUUUGACAUUUGUGAAAGGCAGUUUACACAGAAGACAGUUUUGUUGAUUGCUAUGCAAAUGAUUCGAAGAGUGGAGUAUGUGCAUAACAAACAUAUGAUAUACAGGGAUAUAAAACCGGAGAAUUUCUUAAUCGGUCGCAAACAAAAUGGGACUGACAAAACAAUAUAUAUUAUUGAUUUUGGUUUAGCCAAAGAAUAUAUCGACCCGGAAACAAAGAAACACAUACCCUAUAGAGAGCACAAAAGUUUGACAGGAACUGCACGUUACAUGAGCAUAAACACGCAUCUGGGAAAAGAACAAAGUCGGAGAGAUGAUUUGGAGGCACUUGGUCACAUGUUCUUAUACUUUUUACGUGGCAGUCUCCCUUGGCAGGGACUCAAAGCUGACACAUUAAAAGAACGUUACCAGAAAAUCGGCGAUACAAAAAGAUCGACCCCUAUUGAAGUUUUAUGUGAGAAUUUCCCAGAGGAAUGGGCUACUUACCUUCGCUGUAGAAGACUGGAUUUCUUCGAAACCCCCGAUUAUGAUUAUUUGUAUAAUUUGUUCCGAAAUUUGUAUGAGAAGAAGGGAUAUUACGAUGACACAGAGUUUGAUUGGAGUCAUAAGUCGAUCCCUCAGCCGGUUAGCUCUGUAACCACAACGACCGAAGUUGCAUCAAACAGGCCAGCAGCCCCCCAUCCUUCAUCCAAGAGUACUGGUGAUGCCUGGCAAAGCUCAAGACCUACCUACGACAGUCGCUAUAUUCGACCAGGCUUGGCUGGCUCUGUCCAAGUUGUCAGCUCGACAAACGGUGAACUCGGACCCUCUGCAGACGAUGCUAAUCUCGUUGACAGAAGGACAGGAGUACCCUUGAAUUCACAACCUGAAGUUGAAAUGGUUGAUGAGACCAAGUGCUGUUGUUUCUUCAAGAGGAAAAAGAAGAAAACCACAAGUCGUAGGAAAAAGUGAAUGUUGCCUUAUCUUCAUAGUGCUUUGCAGCAACAGCUCAAAUGGAUUCUUAUCAAGGCAUGAUGUAACUUUUACCAGAUCUUUCAAAGGCCUGUGGUCUCAUUCUGGUAAACAUCUUUUUGCCGAGAGCGAAGCAAACUGGGGUUUCAAAAUCAGCGUCGAGAAGUGGAAGCCUACAUUGUUGCAAAUCACUUGAGAAAAGUUCAGAAUUUAAUGGAUUUUAUUCAUGGAAAUGUCUGGGUUUCAUUAAAGCAUUUAAUUAACAAAUCAGAAUAUCAAGUAUAAAUGUUGAGAGUUUUUCAAAAGAAGCAGGGGCUUAAUAUUUACAAUUAAUGUACCCGUUCUUGUUCAUGCGAAAUCUGACGUAUUUGAAAAUGUUAAACUCUUAGUACAGUUAUGUAAUUGUUUCUUGAGUGGAAAUGUUUUGCCAUAUUUCCAAUUUUGUCGUAAUUAAAGCUUAGGAUAGGCAAUGGGGCGUAUUUUUUAAUAAUGAAAGUGAUUCCGUUUUUGUCUAAAGCAAAUGAUUUUUGCCAAGUUUUGCUUUUCAUGGCAGCUUGGCAUAGAAUGGUGCUCUUGCCGAUAACUCAGAUUUGAAGAAUUUUAUAAUCGCUAGGAUUGAUUUCUUGUAAGAAUGAAGAUCAUCAAAUGGACAAAAAUUGUAACAGCAGGCAAAUAUUUCCAAGUAGCUAUUGCUUUCAAAGUUUCUUUAUGCCGUUUUCUAUCGAGGUUCUGUUGACAUUUUUAUUCGAUGGGCCUUGCUUGGUUUAUCCUGCAACAAUUUAAUUCAUUGGAGCUUAUAAAGUAUGUAACUUCUAUCGUUUUCUUUUAGUGUUAUUAUACCUUACAGUAAAUAGUGGUUUUGGCCUAAGAAAUAGACUGGUGGAAUUAAGUAAUGUUGAUAGUGUUUUCAAUUUAUGAUUCAGAGGAGUAUAAAGAAACAGGCAUAAUUGAAGUAGCAAUCAUACUCUGGGUACUGUAAGAUUGUUUUGUUGCUAUUUCCUGUAGCCACACCACUUGUCUUAAUUACUUUUGUGUAUAAAGAUGUCUGUUAAUC